AUGAAUAUAUUGCAGAAGGAUAAAAAAAAGGAAAAACAUAGUAGAGAACAUUACGUAGGAAAAGAGAGAAGAAAGAAUAAUUUUUUGUUUUAUAAUAAUAGAAAUAAAGAAUAUGAGACGAAAAUUUUAAAGAAUAGUACUAGGAAAUAUAAGAAUCCUAAAUUUAUAAAUACAACAAAUUUGAAUUAUCACAAAUAUUAUUAUACAUAUUCUAUAAAUAAUAUGAGUGAAAAAAAUAAGAAUUGUAGGAUGAAGAAAAAUGAUAAGGAAAAAGAGAAUAUAAUAUUAAAUAAGAAAAGAGAUAUGCUUGAAAAAUAUAAGUUGAGUGUGAAAAAAAAUAACAAAAAUAAAAAAUAUAACAUAAAAGACGGAAACAUGAAAGAAAUGUAUUUAACAUAUGAUGCUUCACAUUCAGAUAUAUCUGAUGGUGUAUCAUUAUAUAAUGAAAGUAAUGAUAAUAAAUUUUUUAAAUUGAAUAUGGACACAUCUAUGGAUAAAAAUGAUUUAAUAAUUGACGAUGUAACAAAAAAUGUUUUAUUAAAUAAUAUAUCAGAUGAUGAUGAUAAUAAUAAUAAUAAUAACAUUAGUGAUAAUAAUAAUAACAAUAAUAAUAAUAAUAAUAAUCAUAAUCAUAAUAAUCAUAAUAAUAAUAAUCAUAAUCAGAAUGGUUUAUAUUUAUCAAAUUAUGAAAAUGAAAAGGAUAUAAUGGAAUAUACUACAAGUGCGCAAUAUUAUGAUGAAACAAACAAUAUAAAUAAUAAAAAUACAAACAUUAUUAACAAUGUUGAUAAUACCAACAACCUUAACAACAAAAAUAAUAAAAAUAAAUAUGACAAUACUAGUAGUAAUAACUUAGAUUACUGCACAAAUAAAAGUGAUGUAAUUAUUGAAGAUCCAGACAUGAGUUGUGAAAUGGAGACAAUGGUUGAGAAAGAUAAUAUAUUAACAAAUGAUGCAGAUGAAAAUUAUAUAGAAUUGAAUAAAAAUUUUAAUAAAAACAUUGCGUCCAAUAUUAAUGAUAUAAAUAAUGUAAGUACAAAAAAUCGAGUUGAAUAUUUAACUUAUAUACAAUCAACUAGUAUUGAAAAAGAGAAUAUGAAUAAUGAUACAUUGCAUGGAGAUAAUAAAGAAAUGUUAUAUGUACCAAAAAAUAAUAUAAAUGUUAAUAACUUGAUGAAUAACUAUCAUAAUACAUAUAUGGAUCAUGCAAAAAAUAAUUAUUUGAAUUUGAUAGAAAAUAAUACAAUGAGUGAACAUCAAUUAUUGUAUGAUGACGAUUUUGUAAAUGCAGACAAAAUGGAAGGAAAUUACACAAAGGAAAUAAACAGCACAAAUAAUAUAAUGUGUGAUAAUAAUAAUAAUAAUAAUAGUAAUAGUGAAUGCUCAUCAUUAUUAAAUGAUAAUAAGGAUACUUUUUUUCAUUCCAGUUAUAAAAUGAAUAAUAUAACAGAUGAAGUACAAGAUAAGAGUAUUUAUAAUAAUAGUAAUGGUAUGUAUGAAAGUGGAUUACGGAAUAAUCUAUCAAAUGAUAUAAACCUUAAUUAUACAAUUAAUAGUAAUUCUUCAAAUGAUGAAAAUAUAUGUGAUGUAAAUAAUAAAUUAUAUAACUCAAAUUAUUUAACAUCAAAUGUGAAUCGUUUGAAUUAUAUGGAAAAUAAUUUAUGUGAUAAUAAAAUGUAUGAACUAACUGAUUAUUAUAAUAAUAAUUUUGUAAUUAAUGAGAAAAAUAAAAAUAACAUGAAUUUGUAUAACCAUUCUUCAAUGAAUGUAAAUAAUUUAAAUAUCACUGAGGAUUUUAAAAGCGAUGAAGAUCAUAAUGGUAAUAUGAAAAUAUAUCACACCAUAGAUGAUAAUAAUAAUAAUAAUAUUAAUAUUAAUAGUAAUGUUAGUGAUGGUAAUAAUUGUCAUGUGGGCCAUAAUAUUCACAAUAUAAAUAAUGCUCAUAAUAAUAAUAAUUGGUGUAGUAAUAGUAUAGCUAGUGAUGAACCAAAAAGUAAUAAAAUCAAUCAAAUGAUAACAAAAAAUAAUAUUGACAAAGUAAAAAUUAUUUCAACCAAUAACAGCUGUACAAAUUAUAAUAAUGAUGUUAAUACAGUUUGUCCAAAUAGUAAUAGUAAUAAUGAUAAGAAGAUGCCUUUUAAAAGUGAUGAUUAUGAUACUGAAAUGGAAGAAAUGCAAGUAAAAAAGAGAGAAUUUAAAAAUAUGAUUUUAAAUAAUAAAUCUGAAUUUACUACUAUAAAUGAAAACGAUGAAUUAUAUAAAACAGUUUUAUAUUUUGAAAAAAAAAAUAAGAAAAUUCUAAAAAUGAGAAGAUCAUUAAAAAGAAAAAGAAAAUCCCCUAAAAAUGAAAAUUUGGAAGAUGAUUCAUGUCUUAUGCAGGAUGAUAAUGAUAUAAAUGAAGAUCAGAAGUAUGAAAACAAUUCUAAUGAUAUAUUAAACGAUCAGGUUGGGAAUUACUCAAAUGAUAUUAACGAUAAAAAUAUGAUACAUUUGAAAGUGGAGCAACAAGAUGAUACUGAUAAUAAUAGUAAUAGUAAUAAUAAUAAUAAUAAUUUGGGUGUUCAUAAAAAAUAUACUGAUAAUGAAAAGAAUGCAUUAUUAUUAUUAUUAAACCAGAAAGAUAAUAGUAAUGAUAACAAUUUGGUGAAUAAUUCUAAUAUUGAAAAUAAUUCAAUGUUAAUAAUUCCAAAGAAAAAAAAUAUCUCAUCAAAUGUUAAGGGUGUGAAAAGAAAUACAAAAACAAAGAAUCAACAAAAUGAUACAAAUGAUAUGUGUGUUAAUAAUGAUGAAAUGUGUGGUGAUAAUGGAAAAACGCAGAAAGGUGUAAACCGAAAGGUUGGUCCAGGAAGGAAAAAAAAUGUAAAUUUUAAGAUGGAAGAAAAUGCUGAUACUAAUGUUAUUUAUGAAAAAAUAAAUAUAAAUAAUGAUAAUUGUAAUAAUAAUAAUAAUAAUAAUAAUGAUAAUAAUAAUAAUGAUAAUAAUAAUAAUGAUAAUUGUAGUAAUAAUACCAUGAAUGGGAGAAAAAAAUUUAAAAAGUUAAAAAGUGUACAAGCUUUAAACAAUAAAUGUAAUAAUGACGUAGAUUUAUCAUUUAUAAAUAAAAUAAAUAAUAACAAUCAAAUAGAUUAUACUGUAACAGAUUAUAGUAGUGGGAACAGUGCGACAUUAAUUGAUAAACAAAAUUGUGAAACGGAUUAUUUAGAAAAUGGUCAAUAUAAUCAUACUUCUAAUAUAUCAUUAAAUGGAUUAACAUAUAAUGGAGUUAUGGUAAAAUGUGAAUUAUCUGAUGGUAAAAUGAAUAAUAAUAAUAAUAAUAGUAUAAGUACUUUUAAUUGUAAUGUAAAAGAGGAGCCUGUUGAAACUAUUCCCUGUGUAUAUGAAAACAAAAAUAAUAACAAUAAUAAUAUUAAUAGCAACAAUACUAAUAGUUGUAACAAUAAUAUUAAUAGUAACCAUAAUAAUAAUAGUAACCAUUUUACUUUUAUGUCGAACCAUGAUAAUGAACAUAAUGGAUCAGGGGAAAAAAACAAUAAUCAAACAACCGAUAAUAACGGAGAAUCAAAUAACAUUAAGGGAAAAGAGAAAGGUGGUAGAAGAAACUUAAGAGGUCGAAAAGGAAAAAAUAAAAAAGAUGAUGACUAUUUUUAUGAAGAAGAGAUACAUGAUGAAAAUGUAACAAAGAAGAGAAAUAAAAUUAAAAAUAAAAAUACUACAAAAAGUAAUAAAAAAAAUGAUGAUAAUAAUAUUAAUUCGCAUGUGGAAAUAAUGAAUACACAAAAUUUUCAAGACAAUAAUGCUAGCAAUAUAACUCCUAAUGAUAAUAUAAAUAAAUUAAAUACAAAUUAUAAAUUUUCGAAUAAUAUACAAGUGAAAAAUGAAAAUAUAAAUAAUAACAUAUUAUAUAAUGAUAUAUCAACAAUAUGUAAUAAUAAUAAUAAUAAUAUAAAUGUAAUAAAUGGUAAUUCAGAAAAUUCUAUUAGCAAUGAAAAUCUUGAUAAUCAUAAUACAAAUAAAAAUAUAUCAAAUGAUAAAGAUAAUUUAUCAAAUAUUAAAUGUGAUUUAUCAUUAAAUACCAAAACUGAACAAAAUGAUGAAGAAAAACCAAAAAGGAAAACAAAGAAAAAUUCGACGAAGGCUAAUAGUAGUAAAGUUCCUAAGAGUAAAACUGAAAAUACUGGGGAAAAAAAAGUUAGAAUAAAAAUUUGUUUAGAAGAUUUUUUUAAUAAAAAUAAGGAGAUAUAUAAUGCGAUUGAUAUUUUUUCAAGUAUUAAUGAUAUUAAUUUGCCAUCAAUAGAAGAUGAAAAUUCAAUUAAUUUAUUAUUGGGAAAUUCGAAGGAAAAUGAAACAAAAAGUAAUAAUAUACAAAAUUUAAAUGAAGUAAAAAAUGAUGUACAAAAUAGAAACGAAACUGUUAUUGAAACUUUGUCUGAUAAUACAAAAAUUAUGAAGAAAAAUAAUACGAUAUGUUCUAAUUGUCUUUAUGCUUAUAAAAUUCAAAUAUGUAAGAGGGUUGAAAUGUUUAAUUUUUUUGAAGCAAAAAAUGAUGGAUUAAGUGCAGAAGCUGUAAAAGAAGGUAUAAGUAAUAGUAAUAAUAAUAUUAAUAAUAUAGAUAAUAUGAAUAAUAAUGAAACGAGUUAUAAUAAAUGUAACAAUAUAUUGGAACAUGAUAAUAUGCAAGGACAAUUUUAUCAGAAUAAUAAUUAUUUUAAUAUAAAUUUUUGUGAAAAUAUUAGAAAUAAUAAAUAUAUUGAUAUACAAUUAUAUAAAGAUUUAGUAAAAGAAAAUAAAUCCGUAGAAAAUUAUUUUAAAUUAACGUUUUAUUGUUUAUGUGGUUAUUUACAAUAUAUUAAAGAUGAUUCUGAUUGGAAACAAAUUAUAAAUUGUUAUUAUGAUGAAAAAGAUGAAUUAAAACCAAAGGCACCUCAUAUAUUUUGUAUAAAAUGUAAAGAAGUAUUAGUUACGAAUAGAUUUCUUGAUAAAGAUAAAACAAAAAUUAUUAUGAUUUGUGAAUGUGGUAGUCGAAAUUAUGAUCGAAUUAAUUCUUAUUGGAUAAGAAGAGGAAAUAUUAAACAACGAAAAGCACCACAAAUAUUAUGUGAAGAAUGUAAUUCAAAGAUGUGGGUACAUACAUGGUUAGAUGAUAUAGGAUCUAAAGUGAAAUUAUUAUGUAAAUGUGGUUUUAAAAACUUUUUAAAAAAAAAUAAUAAUUGGGUCAGAAGUCCAAGGUGGAAAAAACCGGUACCAUUAAUAAUCUGUAAUUCUUGCCAACAGAAAAUGUAUAUGAGUCAAUGGCUAAAUAAUGAUGGAACAAAAGUAAAAAUGAAAUGUGAAUGUGGAUGGAAAACUUUAAUUAAAGAAGGAAAUACAUGGGUUAGAAGUGAAUGGUCAAAAAAAUUAUUAUGUUUAAGAUUAGUAAAAAACCCAGAAUUGUUACAAAAAAAAUAUAAUAUUCAUUCAAGAAGGAAAGGUAAAUUAAAUUCAAAUGAAUUAUAUGAGGACGAUGAUGAUGAUGAAGAAAGGGAUGGAGAGCAAGAAGAAGGUCAAGAUCAAGAUAUACAACAAAUUGAAACAAAUGAUAUUUAUAAGGAUAAUAUGAUUCAAAAUAUACAACAACAGAAUAAUGAGUCUUAUUCAUUUAUUAAUAGUUCCAUAAAUAAUGAAAAAUUUAUUGACGAAUUAAAUAAUAAUAAUAAUAAUAUUAAUAGUGAUAAUUAUAUUAAUCAGUCAUUAAUAUCAAAUAACCAUGCAGAUAAUGUAGUAAAAUCAGUUAAAAGGACUACUAAUAAAACAAGAAAGAAUAGUAAAUCCUUAAAAAAUAAAGAAGAAAAUGAAAAAGGGGAAGAUAUGAAAAAUAAUAAUAUAUCUUCAAUAGAUAUGAAGGAACAAAUAACAGAGCCCAUCUUGACUAACGUUGAUGAGAAAUUAAAUAAAAGGAAGAAAAGAACGACUAAAAUGAAAAAUAUAGAAAUUAAUACGAAUAAUAUGAAUAAUUUACAUAUAAAUUGUGAAAAUAAUCAGUAUAAUGAUGCAGACUCCAAUAAAGCAUAUUUAAUGCCUAAUAAUGUGACGCAAUCAAAUGAAUUAAUUUUGAACCAAUAUAAUAUGAUGAAUAAUUUGAAAGAAAAUAAUAAGAUAAUAGAAAAGAAUGUCCCUGAAAUUGUUCAAAUUAGAAAAGAUAAAAGGAGAAAACAAACUAAGAAGGUAGAGAAGGUAAUAAAUGAUAAUAAUAAUAAUAAUAAUAAUAGUAAUAAUAAUAGUAAUAAUAAUAGUAAUAAUAGUAAUAAUAAUAGUAAUAAUAAUAGUAAUAAUAAUAGUAAUAAUAAUAGUAAUAAUAGUAAUAAUGUUAUGGUUGGGGUUAAAACGAAUGAUGAUGAAAAUGUACCAUGCAGUAAUACCAACUCCAUUAAUAAGAAAGGCAGAAAAGUUACGUUUAACAAAAAGAAUGAGAAAAAGAAAAAGAAUGAAAAAUUAAACGAAGAAGUUAAAAAUUCAGAAAAUUGUGGAACUUUAAUAACUGAUAUUAAUAUAACAGAUAGUCAAUUAUAUAAAUCAGGUAAAACAGAAGAGAAAAUUUUGUUAAAUGGAAAUGGUAUAUUAUUAUUAGAUAAUAUAAAUAAUAACGUUAAUGAAAGUCCUGAAAAAGUAACAAAUAUAUCAAUCAAUAUGAAUCCUUCAUAUGAUUUUUAUAACAAUGAAGACGGUACUACGGUAAUACCUGAACAGAAUGAAACUAAUAAUGAAAAUUAUAAUAAAAUAUAUUAUCAAAAUUCAUAUUAUAUUGUUUCAAAUUAUUAUGAUUGUUAUGGAAAGAAUUAUUAUAAUCAUGGAGAUAUUUCCACUUAUAAUGAAAAUGAUAUUAUUAAUAAUACUGAUAAUAUAGAAUGUACAGUAAUUACUACUACUACAAAUAAUAAUAAUACAAUUAUUGGUGAUAACAUUAAAAAUAUUGAUAACAAUAGUGAAAAUAUUAUUAACAAUAGUGAUAAUAUUAAUAAUGAUAAUAAUAAUGUCGAGGGUGGAACGAAUGCAAACCUUUAUGAAAACUAUAUACCAAAUAAUAAUUUCGAAAUAAUUAAUAACAAUUAUGUUAUGUCUUAUGAUAUGAAUAUUACAGAUGAAUAUUUAGAUGAAAAUAAAAAAUUUUCCGAUAAACAUGAAAUAUUGAUACCUUUAGAAGGUUAUGAUAAAAAGAAAUAUAUAAUUGAGAAUAUUAAGAAAUUUAAUUAUAAUAUUAGUGAAGUGGAAUUGAAUUCAAUAUUGGAAAAUUUAGAUGACAAUGAAUUAAUUGAUACAUUUAUUGCGAAUGUAAUAGAAAAAGAUGAAAUAGAAAAAAGUAAGUUGGAUGAUAAUGAUGCGACUGCAAAUUAUUCAAAUGAAUUGUAUCCAAAUAAAAUAUAUGUAGAUAGUAUGUAUACGUAUGAUAAUUAUCCAGGUGAUAUAUAUGGAAAUGAAAUAUAUUCUAAUGAGGUGUAUAAAAAUGUUGUAUAUGAGAAUGAAUAUUAUCAUAAUAUCCUUGAGAAAAAUGGAAUUAGUAAUUUGGAUAUCGAUAUUAAUAUGGACAUGAACAUUGAUAUGGAUAUGGAUAUGGAUAUUGAUAUUAAUAUGGAUAUGAAUAGUGUAAAUAUGAAUAAUGUAAAUAUGAAUAAUAUAAAUAUGAAUAAUGUAAAUAUGAAUAAUGUUGAUAUAAAUAAUGUUGAUAUAAAUAAUGUUGAUAUAAAUAAUGUUGAAAAUAUUAGUAAUAAUAUGAAUAUUCAAAUUAGUGUUAAUAAUGUGGAUAAUAAAAAUGCUGAUAUUAAUUUAAAUCAUAUGGAAAAAAACAUAAUCGAAAAGGAUAUAAAUAAUAAUAUUAGUAGUAGUGAACAUAUGAAUAAAAAUUAUGAUAUGAUGGAAAAUAUGAAUGCUGUUGAAAAUAUUUCAUUAAAUAAAACAUUAAGAGAUAAUAAUUUUAUGAAUUCAAAUAUACAUAAUUUUAAUAUAAAAAAUAAUACAAAUAAUAGUAAUCCUUUUAAUAUUUCAAAGGAUAUAAAUAUUUUGGAAAAACAUAAUUUAGAAAUGAAUAAUAAUAUUAUGAAAGAAAGUGGUAAUAUAAAAAAUAUGACAAAUAAUGUAAUAUUGAAUUGUAAUAAAAAUAUAAUUGAUAAAAAUAUUAUUAGUAAUACAUUUGAUAAGGUAACAAAUGAAAACAUUCCAACGAUGCAAAAGAAUUAUUAUGAAAAUGAAAAAAAUAAUAUGAUAAAUAAUACUAUUAGUAAUGUAAAGAAUAAUAUUAAUGAUGAUAGUAAAAAUAAGAACAUGCAAAAUUAUGGACCCCAGAUUGAUAACAGUUCCUCUUUAAUUAAUUCUGCCUAUUUUUCAAACCAGCAUGAAAAUGUUAUUACUCAUAUAUACGUAGAUAAAUCAGUUAUGCAAAAGGAUAACUUUAACAACAUGGGGAAUAAUAAAUUUGGUACCAUAAACAAAAUGAAUAAUAUAAUACACGACAAACAAGUAUAUAAUAAUAAUAAUAAUAAUAAUAAUAGUAAUGAUAAUAUUAAAAAGAGUAUUGAUAAUAAUAGCACUAAUAAUAUUGUUGUUGAUGAAUAUGAUGAGAAAAAUUAUAAAGAUUUAUCAUUCGUUACAAACAGUAAUGAACAUCAUGAUAGUUCAGGUAUUCCAAAUAAUUUUUGUAAUAAUUUUAGUAUGUAUGCAAAUAUGAUGAAUAUACAAAAUGUUAAUGAUGGUACAUUAAAAGGUCAUAUAUCUAGUACUUAUAAAACCAACUUAGAUCAUAUUGAUCCUAACAAAAAUGAAAUGAAUGUAUAUAACCAAGAAAAUGAAUAUGAGGUAAUUAAUGAAUAUGAUGAAAUGAAUGAAUAUAAUGAAAUGAAUGAUUAUAACGAAUUAAAUGAAUUACAUGAAAUUUUUGUUCGUUAUAGUUUCAAUUCUGAUAGUGAAGAAAAACCAUGUUUACAUGAACGUACAUGUAAAAUUAAUGAAUUUAUUACUGUAUGUACAAUAUGUCAUGAUUAUAUAAAUGAAAAUAUAGAAUGUAAACUUGUUUCAUGUAAUAAUAUCGAAAGUGAAGAAAAUUUAGGUCAUAAGUUAAAUGAGGAAGAUGAAGAACUAUUAGUACAUAAUAAUAAUAUAAAUAAUUAUGAACAAAUAUUAGUUGAAAAGGGAAAAAUAGAAAAUAUUCAUUUUGAUGAAAAUAUUUAUGAUGCUAUUCCAAUCGAAAAUCUUAAAAACAUUCGUGAUGAUAGUAAUCCAAAAAAUAAUAAUAUUGUUAAUAAUAACAACAUAAAUAAUAAUACUGAUAACAAUGAUAAUAAUAAUAAUAAUAAUAAUAAUGGUGGCCUUGGUUGUUUGGGCGCAAAUAAUAUUUCUGUUUUAGAAGGAAAUGAAGGAGAUAUGAAUUAUAUAUAUAAUUCAUAUGAGGAAUUUUAUAUUAACAAUAAUACUAUGGAUGAUAUGAAAAAUAAUAAUAACUAUAUGAAUAAUAAUAUCUUUUUUCAAGAACAUAAUAAUUAUUCAACAACUGCUGAUAAUUUUGUUUCUAACCAAACUCCUCUUAUGAAACAUCAGAAGUUUUAUUAUCCUGACAAUAAUAAUAAUAAUAAUAAUUAUAUUAGUGAUUCUGUAAAUUAUGUAAAUGGACAAUCUUUCUUAAACAAUGAUGAAUUAUUUAAAAAUGAUUCUUUAUAUAGUGAUAAUAAUUCUCCUUUAAUUAGUAACAAUAAUAAUAACAAUAGUAGUGAUAAUAGUAAUAAUAAUAGUAAUAGCAGUAAUAACAGUAUUAGUAGUAAUGCUAAUCCAACGAAUAAUGACUGUAAUGAUAACUAUCAGGAAGAUUAUGAUAACUUUAUUAAAUCAGAAUGUAAUAAUAAUUCCUGUUAUAAUAUGGUACAAAUUUGA